CCCCGCCAGGCGUGGGGCGCCCAGCGCGGACCCCGGGGUUUGUUUACGUCCGGGCGGGUGCCCGGGGGCCACCCGCAGACCCCGCAGCCGCCCCGCUCUUUUGUGUGCCUGCAGGAGCGGCGCGGAACCGGCCCCUCCGCGGCCGGGGACCCCGGUAGGGGCGCUUGGGGAAACUUGCUGGGGGCGGCGGGCGCCGCGCACGCGGAGCCCGAGUGUCGGGUGUCCCGGGGGCGCGGGUACGGGCGCCGGAGGAGGACUGCAACUUUCCCCGAACGCAGGCCCGGCUCUGCGCCCGGGCGCGCGGUCUGUCCGGGCCGGGGGUGCUUGCUCCCCGGCGCCUGUCUGGGCAGCCCUCUCCCCGCGCCUAGGGGCUCCCGCGGACCCCAGUAAACACCCCUCCCCCCGCUACUCUCUGACCCUCUCCUCCGAGGCCCUGUCCUCGCAGCAGGGUCCGCGGGGGGCAAUGGACCGCGCGGCGGGUCCGCUUCGAAAUGCCUACUCCGAUCGGGUUCUCGAAAGCAAAGCCCCGGGGGCCUCGCUGGACUGUGGUGUGCUGGGCCGUGGUCCACGCGCCGAGCCCCGGGCGCCGAGGGGGCAUCGUGCUGGGGCUCCACAUCCGGCGGCCGAGCCGCAGCCGUGCCCAGGGGGCGUGUUCCUGCCUGCCAACCCCCACCCAGGGGAGCGGCGCGCCCUCGGGGUCUGCCCGGGACCUGCCAGUUCCGCGCUCGCGGCGCCUGGACGGCUCCGGGACUCUGCCAGGUGGAUGUUGUGCGUAGCCGGAGCCAAGUUGAAGAGGGAACUCGAUGCCACCGCAACAGUAUUGGCGAACCGGCAGGAUGAAAGCGAGCAGUCGAGAAAGCGGCUCAUCGAGCAGAGCCGAGAGUUCAAGAAGAACACUCCAGAGGAUUUGCGCAAGCAGGUAGCGCCGCUGCUGAAGAGCUUCCAAGGGGAGAUUGAUGCACUGAGUAAAAGAAGCAAAGAAGCUGAGGCAGCCUUCUUGAAUGUCUACAAGAGAUUGAUUGAUGUUCCAGAUCCCGUUCCGGCUCUGGACCUCGGGCAGCAGCUCCAGCUCAAAGUGCAGCGCCUACACGACAUUGAAACAGAGAACCAGAAACUUAGGGAAACUCUCGAAGAAUACAACAAGGAAUUUGCUGAAGUGAAAAAUCAAGAGGUAACGAUAAAAGCACUUAAAGAGAAAAUCCGAGAAUAUGAACAGACUCUGAAGAACCAAGCCGAGACCAUAGCUCUCGAAAAGGAACAAAAGUUACAAAAUGAUUUUGCAGAAAAGGAGAGAAAACUGCAGGAGACCCAGAUGUCCACCACCUCAAAGCUGGAAGAAGCCGAACAUAAAGUCCAGACUCUGCAAACAGCGCUGGAAAAAACUCGAACAGAAUUAUUUGACCUGAAAACCAAAUAUGAUGAAGAAAUUACCGCCAAGGCCGACGAAAUUGAAAUGAUCAUGACGGACCUUGAAAGAGCAAACCAGAGGGCAGAGGUGGCUCAGAGAGAGGCGGAGACCUUGAGGGAGCAGCUCUUGUCGGCCAACCACUCUCUCCAGCUGGCCUCCCAGAUCCAGAAGGCGCCGGAUGUGGAGCAGGCCAUAGAGGUCCUCACCCGCUCCAGCCUGGAAGUUGAGUUGGCCGCCAAAGAGCGGGAGAUCGCGCAGCUGGUGGAGGACGUGCAGAGACUCCAGGCCAGCCUCACCAAGCUGCGCGAGAACUCGGCCAGCCAGAUCUCCCAGCUCGAGCAGCAGCUGAGUGCCAAGAACAGCACCCUCAAACAACUGGAAGAAAAACUCAAAGGACAGGCUGACUAUGAAGAGGUGAAGAAAGAGCUAAACAUCCUGAAGUCCAUGGAGUUUGCUCCGGCCGAGGGAGCUGGGACGCAGGACUCAUCCAGGCCCCUGGAGGUACUGCUGCUGGAGAAGAACCGCUCGCUGCAGUCCGAGAACGCCGCGCUGCGCAUCUCCAACAGCGACCUGAGUGGGUCAGCCAGGAGAAAAGGGAAAGACCAGCCUGAGAGUCGGCGUCCUGGACCUUUGCCGGCCUCCCCUCCUUCUCAGUUGCCCCGCAACACGGGGGAGCAGGCUUCCAAUACUAAUGGUACACACCAGUUCUCACCAGCGGGGUUAACGCAAGACUUUUUCAGCUCAUCCCUGGCAAGCCCCAGCCUGCCCCUGGCUUCUACGGGAAAAUUUGCACUAAACUCUCUCCUCCAACGACAGCUAAUGCAGUCCUUCUACUCCAAGGCCAUGCAGGAAGCAGGAAGCACAAGCACGAUUUUUUCAACAGGUCCAUACAGCACAAACUCCAUAUCUUCCCAAAGUCCAUUACAACAAAGCCCUGAUGUAAAUGGCAUGGCCCCGUCUCCCAGCCAGUCAGAAAGUGCUGGGAGCAUCUCCGAGGGCGAGGAGAUAGACACUGCAGAAAUCGCCCGGCAGGUGAAAGAGCAGCUGAUCAAGCACAAUAUCGGACAGCGCAUUUUCGGACACUACGUCUUGGGACUGUCUCAAGGGUCCGUGAGCGAGAUUCUGGCCCGGCCCAAGCCGUGGAAUAAACUGACGGUUCGCGGCAAGGAGCCGUUUCACAAGAUGAAGCAGUUCCUCUCGGACGAGCAGAACAUCCUGGCUCUUCGCAGCAUCCAAGGCAGACAAAGAGAGAAUCCAGGCCAGAGCCUGAACAGACUCUUUCAGGAAGUACCGAAACGAAGAAAUGGGUCUGAAGGUAACAUCACCACCCGGAUCCGAGCCUCAGAGACCGGGUCCGAUGAAGCAAUCAAGUCCAUCCUGGAACAAGCCAAAAGGGAGCUGCAAGUACAGAAAACCGCAGAGCCGGCCCAGCCUUCCUCGGUGUCCAGCAGCGGGAACUCCGACGACGCCAUCCGCUCCAUCCUGCAGCAGGCCCGCCGCGAGAUGGAGGCCCAGCAGGCCGCCCUCGACCCCGCCUUAAAGCCAGCGCCGCUGUCCCAGACGGACAUCGCCAUCCUGACCCCCAAGCUAAUACCCCCCUCGCCCAUGUCGUCGGUGUCCGGUUACUCUCCAUUAGCCGUCUCCCUGAAGAAGGCCCCCUCGGCUCCCGACUCCAGCGCCCCCGCUCUGCCCAACCCCCCGGCCCUGAAGAAGGAGUCCCAGGACGUGCCCGGGCCAGACCUCCCGGGGGCGGCCGACUCCGCACAGGGGGUCCUCAGACACGUGAAGAGCGAGCUGGGCCGCAGCGGCGUGUGGAAAGACCACUGGUGGAGCGCCGUCCAGCCCGAGAGGAAGAGCAGCGCUCCCCCCGAAGACCCCAAGGCUGAAGAAGCCAGCGGCGGGAAAGAAAAAGGCGGCAGCGGCAGUGGCGGGCAGGCGCGGGCCGAGCGCGGCCAGCUCCAGGGCCCCUCGUCGUCAGAAUACUGGAAGGACUGGCCCAGCGCCGAGUCGCCGUACUCCCAGAGCUCAGAGCUGAGCCUCACCGGAGCCAGCCGCAGCGAGACACCCCAGAACAGCCCUCUGCCCUCCUCCCCCAUCGUGCCCCUGUCGAAGCCCACCAAGCCCUCGGUCCCUCCGCUGACCCCCGAGCAGUACGAGAUCUACAUGUACCAGGAGGUGGACACCAUCGAGCUCACCCGGCAGGUGAAGGAGAAGCUGGCCAAGAACGGCAUCUGUCAGAGGAUCUUCGGGGAGAAGGUGCUGGGCCUGUCCCAGGGCAGUGUCAGCGACAUGCUGUCCCGGCCGAAGCCAUGGAGCAAGCUGACCCAAAAAGGCCGCGAACCCUUCAUCCGGAUGCAGCUCUGGCUGAAUGGCGAGCUGGGCCAGGGCGUCCUGCCUGUCCAAGGACAGCAGCAAGGGCCAGUCCUGCACUCCAUGACGUCACUCCAGGACCCCCUGCAGCAGGGCUGCGUGAGCUCAGAAAGCACCCCAAAGACCUCUGCCAGCUGCAGCCCUGCACCCGAAUCACCGAUGAGCUCUAGCGAAUCAGUGAAGAGUUUGACUGAACUGGUCCAGCAGCCCUGUCCCCCCAUUGAAACAAGUAAGGAUGGCAAACCGCCAGAACCCAGCGACCCGCCCGCUUCAGACUCCCAGCCCACCACCCCACUGCCUCUGUCCGGACACUCGGCUCUCAGCAUUCAAGAGCUGGUGGCCAUGUCUCCAGAGCUGGACACCUACGGCAUAACCAAGAGGGUCAAGGAGGUGCUGACCGACAACAACCUGGGUCAGCGCUUGUUUGGGGAGACCAUCCUAGGGCUCACCCAAGGCUCCGUCUCCGACCUCCUAGCUCGUCCAAAGCCCUGGCACAAGCUCAGUCUGAAGGGGCGGGAGCCCUUUGUCCGGAUGCAGCUGUGGCUGAAUGACCCCAACAAUGUGGAGAAGCUGAUGGACAUGAAACGGAUGGAAAAGAAAGCCUACAUGAAGCGGCGGCACAGCUCGGUCAGCGACAGCCAGCCCUGCGAGCCCCCCUCCGCUGGCAUCGACUACAGCCAGGGCGCCAGCCCCCAGCCCCAGCACCAGCUGAAGAAACCCCGAGUGGUGCUGGCUCCCGAAGAGAAGGAAGCUCUGAAACGAGCGUAUCAGCAAAAGCCAUACCCGUCACCAAAAACCAUCGAAGAACUCGCCACCCAGCUCAACUUGAAAACCAGCACUGUCAUCAACUGGUUCCACAAUUACAGGUCUCGGAUCCGCAGAGAACUGUUUAUUGAGGAGAUUCAGGCCGGGAGCCAGGGCCAGGCCGGGGCCAGCGACUCGCCGUCGGCCCGGAGCGGCCGGGCAGCGCCCAGCUCGGAGGGCGACAGCUGCGACGGCGUGGAGGCCGCCGAGGGCCCGGGCGCCGCGGACGCCGAAGAGUCGGGCGGCCCCGCGGCCGCCGCCAAGUCUCAGGGAGGGCCGGCCGAGGCGGCCGCGGCCCCGGAGGAGCGGGAGGAGGCGCCGCGGCCGGCGGAGAAGGCGGAGCCGCCGUCCUCGGGGACCGCGGCCCCGGACGCCGCCACCGACGAGAGCCGGCCCCGGGCGCCACCGCCGCCGCCGCCGCCGCCCGAGGGCCCCGCGGACGGCCCGGGGCCCGUGCCAAACCCCGCCGCCGCCGCCGCCGCGCCCGCGGCCGGGGAGGACGCCGCUACCUCAGCCGCCCCGCCGGGGGAGGGCCCGUGCAGGGCCCGGGACGGCGCCGACAGGAGUUCCGCUUUGCCAAGCACCAGCGCGCCCGCGGCCGCCCGCAGGCCCAGCUCGCUGCAGAGCCUCUUCGGCCUCCCGGAGGCGGCGGGCGCCAGGGACUCGCGAGACAACCCCUUGAGGAAGAAGAAGGCCGCGAACUUGAACAGCAUAAUCCACCGCCUGGAGAAGGCCGCCAGCCGGGAGGAGCCCAUCGAAUGGGAGUUCUGAGAGGGCGCCGCCCGCCCGUCCCGCCCGUCCCGCCCGUCCCGCCGAGCCGGGCCGAGUCUGGCCGAGCCGGGCCGCGCCUGACCGGGCAGGGCCGAGUCGGGCCGAGCUGGGCCUAGUCGAGCCGAGCUGGGCCGAGUCUGGCCGAGCCGGGCCGAACCGGGCCGGGCAGGAGGGGGGGGCGCCGACUCCGCGGCCUGGACCGUGUUGCGCACUUACCGCCCUGCGGGCCACAGGGCAAAAUCGCCAUAGGCCAAGGUGCAUAUAGAAAACAAAGGAGCAUUAAGCCCAAUCUAUGUCGUGUUUUCGAGGAAGAAAACGGAAAUGUGUAGUCGAGCUUUUUUGUACCCUGAAGUGUUUUUUUUAUUGCCCUAAGUGAUUUCCACAGGUUCUGGAAUAACUCUUACAGCUUUGCCUUGCGCCCUCCUCUUUCGUGUGGGCUUUAAAAAAAAAAAAAAAAAAUCAAACCCACAUAUUAAAAGGGGGCUUUUUAUCUGCCAUCUAAUGGCUUCAGAGCGAUA